AUGCUCUCUUACAAAUCUACCAAUAAUUGCCCACCAGCAACAAACGACAAUAGUAACAUAUGUUGUACAAUAGUUCCUUCUUGUAAUAAAGUUAAUAAGGAAAAAACAAACAAUCGUUUUGGUCAACGGGCAGGCCACUAUCGUUCGUCUAAUUGUUACCGUCCACUUCAACAACUCUAUAAAACAGUAUAUUCACCUAUGUGUGAGAAUCGUUCGUCACGUAUGAAUUUCGCUUGUAUUUGUCGUCCAGCGGAAAGAUAUCAAACAGCAAAUAUGUCCUACGGUAGUUUUCAUUAUAAUAAUUGGGCAUAUAUGCAAAAAACUCGCCCGAUUAAUUACGAUCGAGAACUCUUCAUACAAUGUUAUGAAAACACAAAUAAACAACAAAAACUAAAGGGUCAAUCCAAAUGUAACAAUGGCUUCAAUGAGUAA